CGUCUCGUCUUCUGCCUAGCAGCAGCUAGCAAGUUCGCUUCACGCUUCCCCAUCGCUCGCUUCGUCGUUCAACUCGAAACACCCCGCAGCCGCUGGCCAUCGUACAAGGCUUUAAGCAGCAAACCGCGCGGUCUCGAAAGCUCUCGGUUCAACGCGGGAACUUUUUGCAACCCAAAGCGCGCGCCUCACAUCAGCCAGUGAUCGUGACGUAGUUAUUGACAAAUCUUUAUUUCGCUUUGCGCUGCAUUUGAUGUCACCGAGCUCCAGUCGGGCGCCGUCUGCACAGGUUCUCCAUCCGCAAGAGGACUAUCUUAGAAGUGCGUGAAGACAAGUCACAGUCCGAUGAAAGGGACACAGGGAAAGCGGCAGGGAUGAGAAAGCGAUUCAAGUGAAAGAAGACUCGCAUCACCAUAAAGUGCCUCAUCUGGAUGCUGCGAAAGCCCUUGUCUGCGUCCGCACUCCCGUCCUGGCUGGUCUCUGCUUCAGAGUGCUCUCUCUUCCCUGCUGACUCCAGAGAGCGCGCGAGUGCGCUUGGCCUUGGCUCAGGCUAUAUUUCACCCUGACAGUCAAUCAACCCAUUUGCCUGUUCCCUGAUUCAACUUUGCCUGCUCACCAUUUCACCUUUUUAUACAAGGACUCCAGUCAGUUAGUUUUCCUUUUAGGAUCUGAAAGUUUUUUUUUCUUCUGCAAGCUCUCCAUCCCUUGUGACCCAGACAUGCGAGAGCAUCUUUAGGGACUGCUGCAGCUAUGGCACCGGGCAAGGGGGUUUCAAAAGCCUAAAAUUAAAGAAAGUCCAUUUUACAUCAAUGCAAGAGGGCUAUUUUAAUCCCAGAUCUCCAGAGGGUGAGUCUAGACGGUGGGGCGACCAGAAAGAAAGACAAACAGAAAGUGCCGCUCUACUCUACAUUUAAUGCUUUGUUUUCCUGGACGGCAGCCGAAGAUGCACCGCAGCAUGUCACAGUGACCUACCCCACCUCAGUCCUCUGGAUUCAUCACUCUCCCUACCUGACUUUAAGCUGAUCUCAUAUUCUUGUCAUACUUCCCCUUUGGUUGAUCGGUCACCAGACUAUGCCCCCUUCCUGUCCGUAAGAGUUUGGUUUUUGUUUCUAGACUAGACUGUGGAUCUCCUUGCCACUGUGCUGAUUUUUUGAAGCCUUUGUGCUUUAUCACGCCUGGCUGCCCCACCCCAGCCCUCUGCUCACCCGCCGCUUGCAGAGGGACCACCAUGGCUGUCAAUGUGACCAUGGGCCGCGACACCAAGUGGCUGACGCUGGAGGUGUGCAGAGAGUUCCAGAGAGGAACUUGCUCACGCUCGGACGCCGAAUGCAAGUUUGCUCACCCCUCUCGAACCUGCCAUGUGGAGAACGGCCGCGUCAUCGCCUGCUUCGACUCACUCAAGGGACGCUGUACACGUGAUAACUGUAAGUACCUGCAUCCUCCGCCUCAUCUCAAGACCCAGCUGGAGAUAAACGGCAGGAACAACCUGAUCCAGCAGAAGACCGCAGCCGCCAUGCUGGCCCAGCAGAUGCAGUUCAUGCUGCCUGGAGCUCAGCUGCAGCCCAUAACCUCUUUCCCAGUAACGCCUUCGUUGGCCAACAGUCCGAGCGUGGCUUUCAGCCCGUACCUGAGCCACGUGAGCCCGGGCAUCAGUCUCAUGCCCGAGCUUCUGCCCAGCGCCCCCGUGCUGGUCCCGGGGAGCCCCACCGGCAUCACCAUGGGCAACGGAAAUUCAACACAGAAACAUGUUCGCACAGACAAGCUUGAGGUGUGUCGAGAGUUCCAGCGGGGAAACUGCACUCGCGGGGAGAAUGACUGCCGCUAUGCCCACCCAAUGGAAGCCGCAAUGGUGGACGGCAGUGAGAACUCCGUCAUUGUUUGCAUGGAUUACAUCAAGGGCCGCUGCACCCGUGACAAAUGCAAGUACUUUCACCCUCCGGCUCACUUACAAGCCCGGAUAAAGGCGGCGCAGCACCAAGCCAGCCAGAAUGCAGCUGCCAUGGCUCUGCCACCAGGAGCCAUGCAGCAGCUACCAAAGAGACCGACCCUGGAGAAGAGCAACGGCGCCGCUGCCGUCUUCAACCCCAGCAUGUUCCACUACCAGCAAGCUUUGGCCAGCAUGCAGCUGCAGCAGCCAGCGUUCAUUCCCACAGUAGACGCCGCCGAGGUACUGAGUGCCGACCCCAUCGACCUUCAGUGCGUCCCAAUGGAGGCCCAUUUCUGUCCCGUACCCAAACUCCUGGUGGCCGCACCCAUGACACUGAAUCCAGUAAGCCUCUCCCGCAAUCCCACAACCUAAUCAGGCCCAUCGCUCACGCAUCAUACUCCCAAACAUAACAGAAAAAUGAAUGCAACAAACGUGUGCCUAAUCAGUACGUCCUUAACGGGCAAUACAUUCAUCCUCAUAUCAGAGAUGCCCACUUCAUUUGACGUCAACAAAGUUGAUCUCGAAACAAACAGGCAAUACUUAAGCUCGGACCUACAACUGUUUAAGGAAGCAUGCCAUCUGGAUACAAGGAGAUGUUGAAGAUGCUGAAUCAGGAGACGGAGCACUCUCGUAACUCACAGCCAUACGAAUACAUGCAAACCAAUUAAAAGAGAAGGAGGAAUUCUCUGGAGGCGAACAUUAGAUGCCGGCUUAUUCGAGGUACGGUAAGAGGUGGAGCCGAUGCAGAUCAUCAGCAGACAGAAUGUUUGUUUGUUUUUUUCCUUCGUAGAAUGUGUGUGAGAGCUAAUGCUAUUUUACAUAGAUGUGGUGGUGGUGGUGGUGGUGAUCUCUUUCACUUUGACUUCUAAUUAAUGAACGUGGCACGUUUUAUUUCAUGUUUACAUUUCGAUAUGUAGAAAACUAACGGUUAUUUGAAAAUGAUUCAUGCUUUUUUUGUAAGAUAAUCUGUUCGUGAUACCGAUUUUUCGUUAAGAGGUUUUCAGAAUGUUGCUGUUUGUGCCUUUGAGUUACAAGUGUGUGGACGUCUUUUCCCUCCCCCACGAUUCUUAUGACUUACAUUUGAUCAUAGACUAGGAAAGUAUACCUGUGUAGCCUUUCAGGAUCAUUGUGUUGUCUAUUUAGAGAUGUGUGUGACUGGUUUUCCUUGGUCUCAUGAAAGAGUAUUAUUCAUUUAACCACUGUACAAAAGGCUAAAACUGGUCUACUGAGAUAAGUGUUAAUAUUCAUGCCUGGAGUAUCUCACCAUGUAUUUCAAGAUCCACAUUGAGACAGAAGAUUGGUUCACAUACUCAUACCUCCGUUUUAAAAAUAGAACUGCCUUAAGCAGACUUAAUAUGAGUACUUCUUGUUGACGCACACUUCAGUGUAAGGUCUGAUUGCAGGCCUUCUGGAUGUAUAAAAUGUCACAUCGAGAAAGAUUUGAACUGGACUUUUUGUGUUCCAGCUGGACUUUGUGAAAUAGUCUUUUUAUUUCGUAUAAUCGUAUGAUGUCCUGGAUUUUACCAUAUUCAUUGACGUUUACUCAAGUUUUAGAUUUUUAGCACAUAUUUAUGGUUAAUGGGUGAAUCUAAUUAAAUCUCAAGUCAUAACUCAAAAGAACUAGUACAUUAUAUUUUGCUUUGAACAGUUAAGCACAUCAACUCAGAUCGCCAUUACCAAUAUGCAAAACAAAUGCUGAUUUUCAAAACUGUAAUGUGCAAUACUUAACUGAGUGUGAUUUGUCAAGUAUUUAUACUUGUUCUUGUUUAAUUUAUGCAGAUUUUAAACAAAAAUAAUAUGAAUUUUAUUAAUCACAGGGAGAAAUAUACUGUCUGACCAAAAAGGAUUUAAGUACGCAACAAUAUAAGAGUCUAUGAUUGGAUCUUUAUUGAAAUGAUUAAUCAUUUUCAUGGGUAAAGCCCAUUUCAGCUAUUAAAUAACCAAUGUAAAUGUAAACUGUGACAUGGUACCUCACAAAUAUGUGUUUGUCAGAAUUUACUACAUUUAAAAUCUCGAUAAACAGGAUCCCUGGCUGCAAUCCAGUAGUAAACUUUUAAGUGUUUGCUUCCUUAAAUCCAAAUGACUGUUCUGUUGGCCAAGCAGUGCAUGUAACUACUACAAUACAUUAUUUUGUUGUGCUAGUGAAAUCAUUGAGGAUGAACAUCAUCACAAAAUUAAAACCAAAACUAAAGCAUGCAGACGUGACGUCACAAUUUAAAUACUUCAUUUUCUUUACGCAAAAUGUAAUGUUCCUUGUUCCCAUUUUGGUGUGAAUCUCAACAUUCACUUGCAGAUUCACCCUAUUACCAAGUCUAUCUCUUGUAGACAAACCCCUUCUGAUGGCUGGACGGUCUCUGCCAAAAUCCAUGCUCUGCCCCACCUGCUGUGUGACAGUCUGUUCGUCUCCACUUUUUGUUCUGCCAUCUUUGGUGCAUCCCAUAGUACUAUAAUAUCCCUUAUCAAAGAUGCCAAACGAAUUCCUUAAUCAAUUCCAACCGCAUGCUUAGCUGUUUACACCCUCAGAUACAUAAAGGAGAUAUGUAAAAGCCCUUUCGAGAAGACAGACUUGAAUUUCCAGCAUCUUUCCCAUUAGUUUGCUGCAUUGAGCACCAUGUGUGCCCCCCCGCACAGACAUGUCAAGUGCACUGCUUUUGUGCCAAUGACUCUCAGACAGGUCACCCUGUGCCAAUCACUAGAGAUCUCAGACUGCGCAGCCAGGCCAAGGUCACGAGCCAGAUGGAUUUAAAUUGCAAUAUUGCAAAAUGAGCCCACCCAAGCAACUAAUGUAAACCCAGUCAAGCAAGCUUUGUUUUGAAACAUCUCGGUUAUCGCUACCAUUCAUUAGGGAAGUCCUGCAGUUGGGCAAGCUGACAGAAGGGUGGUUUUCAGCAGAUGUUUUUAUUACUGCAUCAGCGGACGCUAAUAGAGCUCCAGUCCUCGCCAACCAAAAGCUCUAUUAGAUUAUAGAUGUAAUAUAUUAUUGAUAAUUUGUCCAUGAAAUGUGUGCUAGACAGAUAAUACACAGAGGCCUGCAAUCCAUUAGGCUUGUGUCGGAGUUUCUUUUGCCCGUUUUGACUUGGCUUAUUGAGUUGAGACUAUUUAAGAUGUUUCUAUAUGUUUGUUGUGUUCGUGUUUAGAGUGUGAACAGGUUUAAAUCACUGACUGUGUCCUUAUUUUCAAGAAGUCGGCAGACUCUAAAAUGCAAGGGCGUAGAAGACCGUGUGACAAUAUUCUCGUUUGGACUGUGAGCUAAAAGCGGCGGCUCUUGUGUAGACAUUACAGUUAAUGAAAAAAAAAGAGAGAAAGAAAUUGAUUAUUUUCAGACUGGGUACUUAGAAAAUGCCCUCAUCAGCCAAAGCUUCAUUUUACAAGACAUUACCGCCCCUCAUGGGCCUUUUACAUGCAUAUAUGAAUGUGACAUUUAAGACAGAGAGAAUGUCACGAGAGGUUUUGGAUGCCUGACUCACCAUUUCUCUCGAACGAAACUACAACCUUUCUCAACAUAUCAAGGAAGUGAAAGCCUCCCAAUGCCAUCCACUGUUGAUGUACAAAAACAGACGAAAAAGAAAAAUAAGAGAGUUUAUCGUCACUUAUCUCAAAGACCCUACUUUUAACUGUUAUCUCCUUUGGGAUAGAGGUGUUAUUUCAGCAGCAUAACCCCAAAAGAGAGCCAUAAAGAUUUUCCUACGUGAUAACCAGACUUUAAAAAAUAUAAAUCAACUUUUUAUGCUGAUUAGCACACGCUAUCUAGCCCAAACACAAGUGAAAUAUCAUACAACGGUGGUGUGAAAGUACACAAAACUAGAGCAAGAUGAUAUUAUACUGUGUUAUAACUGAAAUAUCUGUAUUGUAAACAUCUCUGUAUAAUGUUCAUGUGUUUUAAGAUUGUUUUAAGAAAUACUGGGGCAGAAAUGUGUGGAUUUCUUUAGGAUGAUCUCUAAUGAUGUUUAUUGCUGUGUUGGAUUGUGUUUUGUAAUUAAGUUCCAUUGCCCAGCCAAGGUUGUAGAAGCUCUCUCUUUCUUUCUCUCUCUCUUUCUCUUUCUCUCUCUCUUUCUCUCAUAUAAAGAAUUAUGCCUUCUCCAACUGAAAUCCAGCUGGAAUUAACAAAAUACUUGAUAAAGAAAAAAUGAUGUGCCUCGUCGGGGGCUUUAGCAUUUUAAGAACUCACUUUUUAAGAAGUGUGCAUACCUGCAUUAAGUAGUUAGCUAGAAUAAUCUAUGUGUAUGUAUUACAAAUGCAUCAUCGUCAUUCUAGUUUUUAUCAAGCCACAUUAAUGACCUUUGUAACGGUACUUGUUUUAACUAUAUCCUCACGACUUCAGUCAUGUUACAGUCUGUCUGACACAGCUGUCAACAGUAGUUUGAAUUUGAACAUUAGCGCUACUUGGUUACUUACCUUUCAUCGUAAAGUCUGUCAUCGCAUGAAAUUUAAAUAAUCUGAAUAAUCUACAUCAUAGUUUGUGCAGUUAGUGGUUUAAGAUUUAAAAAAGUACUUAAUCUAUAUAUCUAUAUAUCAAUAUACACAUUUGUAUGUAUUACAAUGAUAGAUUCAUUGUUACCUAUGAUAGUAAGUUCUUGUUGCUAUGGCAACAAAACUACAACAUGGCUACCUUUGUAUAUGUUAAUUGUGAAUUUUUUCACACUUUAAGUGAAAUAAUGUACAACGUUAACUUAUUCAGAAAGGGAAUGUGUUCCUAAGUUGUGUUGGAAAAAAGAGAUGAUUGACUAUUUUGUAAAAAAAAAAAAAGAUAUAGAUACGUACGUACAUAUAUAUAUAUAUAUAAAGACUUGUGAGAUACUUUAUGUCCAAAGGCCCUUUGGAGAUAUCAUACGUUAUUUCAGUUUUAAUAAUUAUUAUUUUUCUAUUGGGGUUGCUGAUCACUUUUAGAUAAGAACUAGAUAUUUACGUAAGCAGCAUCUGAGCUUUUGAACCAAUCUGAUGGCUCAAUUUAGAGGAACGAGACAUUCUAGUCUCAUGUUUGGUUCAGAAAGGGCUGGCGAAGCAUUCACAAUGGUGCGUUCCAAAAAAGAAAAGAAAAAAAAGGGUUUUUAUAAAUAACGCAGCCCUGUGAUGUCAGAAACGGGACGUUAUCAGCCAUGGUGAGCCCCUGAUUUAAGUCUGUGUCCCCCUUUGGCCCACCUAGACUGCACCCCAGCUGUGCUGGGACCUGGUGACUCUCGUCACCCCAUUGGUGUACGAAUGUGUGUUAUUCACCUUGUUUGCACUUAUGUACAUAACUGAGUCAAAAUAUUCAGAAUUUAUUUUGAAUAUACAUAGAUGAGUAAAUAUAUAUGUAGAAGAGCAGAAUCAAAUCAAAUGUCUGUAUUGUUCGGAAUACAGGUAAACAGCUAUUCUUUUAAAGGCUCGUCAAGGAGGUAGAUGCUGUUUUGCCCGGGUGUCAAGGAAUUUGUCGUCUGUUCUGUUUGCUCUCAUCGUAUGGCAUGAUAUUGCAUUUUGCGGAGAUAAUGAUGUCAAAUCAGACUUUGCAGUUUUGCAUAGCUUACAAAAGCGCGUGGAGCUGAGCUGAGCACUGCACCCGCUCACAUCUGAUCCUGAGGUGCGAUUGUGUCCAGAAACCAAAGAAUGGCCAACUUGUUUCUCUUUUACCUCGACAUCGUGUGAGUUUCAGGCUCACAGUUUUGUUUUCUGUGUAAUCCCAUUGGGUGCGGUGAAAAACACGGCUUCGCUCCCCUACAGGAAGACCAGGAGGGCAGUUCACCUCAGGAUCAGACCACAGCUGGGAAGCAGCUUAAUCAAAAUGCCUAAUUUCAGUUUUCCGUUUGGUUUGGUUUGGUUUGGUUGUUGACGGACGUUUUCCAUUCUUGUGCAUUCACCAAGAACAACAAAUAAUGCUGAAAAAUCUCACAGGAUUUCCUCAAUCCAAAUUGCUUCAAAAUCCCACAUGAAAUCACCAGAAUAAAAACAACCCUCUGUUGAAGAAAACUUGUACAUUCUGUGCUCUACAGUUGCUUUGGAAGCCAAUAAUUUUGUUGCCAUGGCACUUGCCCUAAUAGUGAGGGAGAGACUGAGUCUGUUGUAGGUUCUUGCAUAUAGACGCACCUUUGGACCAAUCGAAUAUGGUCCUCAGCCUUUUGACUGUAAAGCUGAGGUAGCACUUAGGACUUAGCAUAGACUAAGGGUCCCAAAGACAUGGGACGCUCCUUUUACCACUGUGCUUGACAGAGAAAAUCGACUAACACUCUUCUGCUGUCCAUUAUCCUGUGCCUAAACAUUGGGUGUGAUGUGAAAGGACUGGUCCUGUAAAGAAAGCCAUUGAGGUUAGCCUAGUUCCACCUAACUGUGCCCUGCAUUUAGUCACGCUGUCGUCAUACAGUACCUGUGACCGGAACACUAACGUCAAUGGUUCGUGUUAACGUAGAACUAUCACCGAGACCGGAGCAUCACAUUAAUGUUGUACAAAGCUGUAUAGUUUCAAACGAAAUUGCUCGUUGAUGCGGAGGUUACGUCCCUUUAAAGGCAUCCAUCGGCUGACGUUCGGUGGCCAGUGCUGAUGCCUGUGUAAAUGCUAUUGUGUGUGUGAAACCGUUCAAAGAAUGUCUACAUUGUUUCAAAGCCAUAUGUAAUAGAUUCCUCUCUCUCCCACUGUAGGACAAGAUAAAACUGAAUGCUUUGACUCUUUAUAUGAAAUGCUUCUCUUUCUAUUUAGCUUCUCGUGCUUGUAUGUGCUUCAAGAACUGUGCUUCUUGUCAAUCCCUUUGCGAUAUAUAAAUGUAUUGAAUAUAUACAUACUUUAGACUUCUGUUCUUUUUGGUUGACAUUUUAAUAAAGCACUUAAAAGGCA